AAACUUUCCAUCUCGAACACUCAUUGUGGACACUCGUCGUGUACUCUCGUUGUUUUCGCCCCAAAAAUAAGAGACAAGGCUAUGCUCAGAAUGUUCUCCCGUGCUCUAUUUUUUGCAGUCGUCUGCCUCUUUGUGGCCGGGGCUUCCGCAUACCCCAUCGACGACGGUCAGGACCCCAACACGUCGGACGCCUUCAGUCUCUACGCUUACGGUGAUGGGAUCAGUGGGUUGCCGGUCUUCUAUGCUGACGGCAAAGCUCAAGUCGGCGAUCCCAAACUCUCCACUGCAAAAGUAACAGAGAAGAUCUACUUUACAGUUGCGUCUGCUUCUCCCAACACGUGGAUCGCACACCCGAAGAAAAAGGAGGCCGCAUCGUUCACUUCCGACGUCCUGAUGCUCCCGUCUGGCGGCUCAGCCGCAGGUGACGUCGUCUUCAAGCCUAAGACCUCACAGAAGGUGGAGUCCGACACGGCGAGCGUGUUCAGUGUCUACGGCAACUAUGUUCUGAUCAAUACGGCUGGUGCGAACUUUUACGCCGAGAAGACCGAUGUCGACGGUGUUUGGGAUUUGGUCUGGAGUGAUUCGGGGUCUGGCUAUGUGGCUAUCACGCUGAGGACGAUUGCACCGAGUACGGAGUCUGUCUGA